AUGCCACAGGCACUUGACUACUUGUUCACAUGAAGCGGGAGCCUCUGCUGCUGGUCAUCCUCCAGGAUGAACCACAGACCACCGCCAGCCGACCGCAUCCACCGGGCUGCCGGUGACACGGACAGAUCCAGAGUGAGGAGCCGAGACAACCUGCUCCAAUACGAUGACUUUGGAGAGGAAUACUGCUGUGCUGGGCAAUGCCUUGGCAGGCACAGCAGCGCUGACAGGUCGCUCACAGCUCGCCUCAGCGCUGCUAAACGCCGCCAGGCUAUGCGCGGUCCUGCCUACAUGUUCUCAGCUCCUUCCUUCAGCCUGUCAGAGGUCGACCAGCGUUUCCUGGAGGCAGCUGAGUACGGCAACAUCCCAGAGGUGCGCCGGAUGCUGCUCCAUAUCCCCAACCUGAACGUCAAUGCGGUGGACUACAUGGGACAGAAUGCGCUGCAGCUUGCUGUGGCCAACGAACAUCUGGAGGUGACAGAGCUGCUGCUGGGGAGGGCGGAUCUGGCCAGAGUGGGAGAUGCUCUCCUGUUAGCCAUCAGUAAAGGUUAUGUCCGUAUCACAGAGGCUCUGCUCAGUCACCCCUCGUUUAGAGACGAUCACCGUCUGACCGCAAGUCCGGCUCAAGUAGACAUGUUGGAUGACUUCUAUGCCUAUGACGAAGAUGGGACAAGGUUUUCUCAUGAUGUGACUCCAGUGAUACUUGCAGCCCACUGCCAGGAAUAUGAGAUAGUUCACACGCUCCUGAGCAAAGGCGCCCGUAUCGACCCUCCUCACGACUACUUCUGUGGCUGCGACUCGUGUAAUUAUCAGCAGCAGUACGAUUCCUUCAGCCACUCCCGUUCCAGGAUCAAUGCCUACAGAGGCCUGGCCAGUCCUGCAUACCUCUCCCUGUCCAAUGAGGACCCGGUGCUGGCGGCCUUGGAGCUCAGCAAUGAGCUGGCCAUGCUGGCUGACAUCGAGAAGGAGUUUAAGAAUGACUACAGUCGCCUGUCAAACCAGUGUAAGGAUUAUGUGGUGGGCCUUCUGGAUCUCUGUCGCAGCACAGAGGAAGUGGAAGCCAUCUUGAAUGGAGAAACAGUUUCUGACGACAGUUUCGAUAUGCCAGGUCGUCCCUCCCUCACACGCCUCAAAUUAGCCAUCAAAUACGAACUCAAAAAGUUCGUUGCUCAUCCAAACUGCCAGCAGCAGCUGCUGAGUAUUUGGUACGAGAACCUGCCCGGCCUGAGACAACAAACCACUGCUGUGAAGCUGCUGGUGGUGUUGGCUGUGGCUAUAGGACUCCCUGGACUGGCUGUGGCUUACUGGGUCACUCCGUGCGGCAGAGUGGGAAAAGUUAUGCGCAGCCCCUUCAUGAAGUUUGUCGCCCACGCUUCGUCCUUCACCAUCUUCCUGGGCUUGCUCAUCCUGAAUGCAGCGGACCGCUUUGCAGGCACCACGCUGUUGCCAAACAUGACCCACCAUCAGCAGCCUGGAAGUUCACAACUCAAGCUGGACCCUCUGCUGCUUCACCGCAAGACCACCACCCCCUUCACCUGGAUGGAGAUCCUAAUCAUUUCAUGGGUCAUGGGCAUGAUUUGGGCUGAAGUGAAGGAGAUCUGGAGUCAGGGACCUGGAGAGUACCUGGUGGAACCGUGGAACUUCCUGGACUUUGGGAUGCUGGCCAUUUUUCUGGCCUCGUUCAGCUGCCGCUUCUCUGCAAUGAAGCAAGCUGACUUGGCUCAGGCCUAUGUGUACAAAAACUGCAAAACUCUGGUCCAACUUCCCCCAGAGAUACACUACUUCACUCUGGCUCGUAUCCACUGGACGCCGUCAGAUCCUCAGCUCGUGUCGGAGGGUCUUUAUGCCAUCGCAGUUGUGCUGAGCUUCUCUCGAAUUGCUUACAUCCUGCCAGCCAACGAGAGCUUUGGGCCGCUCCAGAUCUCUUUAGGAAGAACCGUCAAAGACAUCUUCAAGUUCAUGGUCAUCUUCCUGCUGGUCUUUCUGGCGUUCAUGAUUGGCAUGUUCAACCUGUAUUCUUACUACCUGGGAGCGAAGCAGAAUGACGCCUUCACCACCCUGGAGGAGAGCUUCAAGACGUUGUUCUGGGCUAUAUUUGGACUCUCUGAGGUCAAGUCUGUAGUCAUCAACAAUGGACACAAGUUCAUUGAGAACAUUGGCUACGUACUGUAUGGGGUUUACAACGUUACCAUGGUCAUAGUGCUGCUCAACAUGCUCAUCGCCAUGAUUAACAGCUCCUUCCAGGAGAUAGAGGACGAUGCUGAUGUCGAGUGGAAGUUUGCUCGGGCAAAACUUUGGUUUUCUUAUUUUGAAGAGGGAAGGACACUUCCUGUCCCAUUCAAUCUGGUCCCCAGUCCAAAGUCUGUGCUCGGACUGGCCACUGCCAUAAAGUCCUUGCUCUUAAAUGUGUCUCACAGACACAGGGAGAAGAAAACUGAGACACAACUUAAUCAGCUUGGGGAGAGCAAAAAUCCAGCAUAUGGCGGUUCAAAUGGUUCAACAAGAUAUGAGAAGAUCAUGAAGCGACUAAUCAAGCGUUAUAUAAUCAAAGCUCAAGCAGACAGAGAGAGCGACGAGAUCACAGAAGGUGAGCUGAAAGAGAUCAAACAGGACAUCUCGAGCCUGCGAUAUGAGCUGCUGGAGGAGAAAUCCCAGAACAUGGAGACGCUUGACGGACUGUUGAGGAGGCUGGGAGAGUUCAGCACGCCAUCAUCUUAGUGCUCAACCUCUAGCUAAAUGCUCACAGCUUGCUAAGUGCCUUUGAAAUGUCACUAAAUGCCCCUGCAUUUGGGUAGCGGCAUUACCAGGUUACACAGUAGAGUGAUGUGAAUACAAAGAUGUAAAUUCAUUAUGAUUGGUAAUAUUCCAGAACUUUUAAUUUUUACACAAAUAAAUGUGCAAAUGAGAGUAAAAAUCUUCUAAGUUUUCCCUAAAAAUGUUAAACAUGUGGUUCUGUCUUGAGGUUUGGUGGGAAAAUGAUUCUUAAAAGCUCAGGAACUGAGCUACAGGUGAGCUCUCAUCAGUUUCUGCAGCACUUUUAAAAUGACAGGUUUUUUGUGAGACAAAAACAAUAGAUUGUGAUAAAUCAACUAAUUUUGUUCCUCCUUUUAGAUGAAAGAAAAUCCAGGAAUGUCAUAUGCUUUCAUACUCUUAAACUAAAGCUGUUUUUUCAAUUUCAGGGUUCAGUCUUUUACGUUUCAUGUGUUCAUCACAAAAUCCUGGUAUUUUCAGAGCUGUGUAUACUUUUGAGAGCAACUUUCUUCUGUUCAGUUUUUUAAAUGUUUUCCUUGAAUGUGUCAUAGUUUGUGUUUGUUAUAAUU